AUGUACCUUGUCUGUAUAGCCAUAAUCUUUCCCCCACAGUCAUUGCAUCCAAACAGCGCAGUGGUUUCAACGGGCUUCCGUAAAUUUGCUGAUACUUCAACAGCCAAGAUGGCGGACUGGAAUCGAGGACAAGGUGCUGUUGACGAUAUGUUGGACGCGGAAAACAAGCUUAUGGCUGACAAUUUGGCGUCCAAAGUUUCCAGAUUGAAAUCGCUUGCCUACGACAUUGACAAAGAAGCUGAAGACCAAAAUUCCUAUUUGGAUGGCAUGGAUUCCAAUUUUCUGAGUGCUACAGGACUGUUGACUGGCAGUGUGAAGAGGUUCUCUGGCAUGGUGCGAUCUGGAAGAGACAAUCGCAAAAUCCUCUGCUAUGUCUCAGUAGGACUGGUCUUUGUCUUCUUCCUGCUCUACUAUCUCAUCUACAGGGUCCAGAACUGAAGAGCUUUAACAAGAAUGGAACUUUUUACAGUGUGGCUGGCUACUUUCCUCUCAGUUAUACCAAGAAAGACCAAAUAUAAACUUUUAUUGUAAAGAUUUUGGAUUGGAAAUCAUCUCACCCAUCACCCCCGCUCCAAUUCUCGAAAUAAUGUCUUCUGCUCGAAAUGAGAAAUACAGUAUGUGCAAAUCUGUAUAUAAUUUGUCUCAGUUAUAUGAGAACUUGUAUUGUAUAUACAUUAUCUAAGACCCCAGUCAUGUAAAACUGAAUGUUUGCCCCCCCCCCCCCCCACACACACAGAAAAACAACUCAUCCUUACCAGGAUGCAGUUGAAAGCAGGAUAGUCCUUUAUUUACAUUGAUAAAUAGCCCUAGAGAUUGGCAGUGUGUCAAAGAAUGUCCCAGUGCCCUUUUCACAUUACUGAGCCAAGACAGGCAGUACUGACCAUAGGUACAAUAAGAGAUUGUCCGGCAGUGUAGCCUAGUGGUUAGAGCGUUGGACUAGUAACCGGAAGGUUGAGAGUUCAAACCCCUGAGCUGACAAGGUACAAAUCUGUCGUUCUGCCCCUGAACAGGCAGUUAACCCACUGUUCCUAGGCCGUCAUUGAAAAUAAGAAUUUGUUCUUAACUGACUUGCCUGGUUAAAUAAAGGCUGUUAUUGCAUUUCCUAAACAACUACAUAACAUGAUCCUACGAUCAUUUUUUCCAGUGAAUCCUUGUAAUGUAUGUGUAAUAAACAUUUUUGAUACUA